AUGGAUAAACCCCAUCUUGAUCCAACAUCGGGAAAACUAACCGAUGAGUAUGCGAGUGGUAUUGAAGAAUUUAUAACCCUUACGACAAAGAAUAGUGAGAGCUCUGGAAAUACUAAAUUCUAUUGUCUUUGUCUUACAUGUCGCAAUAACAGAGUAUACUCUGUUAGAGGACUAUGGAAUCACUUGUAUAGGAAUGGAUUUAUGCCAGGAUACAAGAUUUGGUAUAUGCACGGAGAAACUGAAUCAAUGGUAAAUUAUUAUAGCAGUGCUUCUGGUGUGAUAGAAGAACCAACUCCAGAUGUUGAGAUGGUGAAUGAUGUAAACGUAGGUAGUAUUGUUCAGAUGGUGAAUGACGCAUUUCAAGAAAACGUAGCAUCGUAUAUUCAGGAUGGUAAUAGAACAGAAGAACCUAAUUUAGAAGCCCAGAGGUUUUUUGAUAUGCUAGAUGCAGCUAAACAACCUUUAUAUGGAGGAUGUAGAGAGGGCAUAUCGCCUUUAUACUCUGCAAGCAGGUUGAUGACUAUCAAGAUGGAUUUUAAUCUGGCAGAAGAUUGUGUGGAUGCAAUAGCUGAUUUUGUUAAAGAUAUUUUACCUGAAGAUAAUAUCUCACCGGUUUCAUAUUACGAGAUUCAGAAACUUGUAAGUGGUCUUGGAUUACCAUAUGAAAUGAUAGAUGUCUGCAUCGACAAUUGUAUGAUAUUCUGGAGGAAUAACGAGCAUCGCUUAAAGUACAAAUUUUGUCAUAAACCGCGAUAUCAGGAAACAAGUAGCAGAGUACCUGUUCCACAUAAAAGGAUCUGGUAUUUGCCAAUAAAAGAGAGGCUGAAAAGGUUAUAUCAAUCAGAGCGAACAGCAGCUCCAAUGAGAUGGCAUGCACAACACAACUCAGAUGGAGAGAUUGCACAUCCUUCAGAUGCAGAAGCGUGGAAACGUUUUCAAGAGCUCUAUCCUAGUUUUGCGUCUGAGCCAAGGAAUGUCUACCUUGGGUUAUCUACGGAUGGAUUCAACCUUUUUGGCAAGCAUGGGCGGCAAUAUUCUUUAUGGCCAGUAAUUGUCACACCUUAUAAUUUGCCACCAAGUUUGUGCAUGAAACGAGAGUUUUUGUUCCUUACAAUACUCGUUCCUGGACCAGAGCACCCCAAGAGAUCUCUUGAUAUUUUCUUAUAG